UUUUCAAGAAACUCCGAGGUGUUGUCAUUGGAGUGUUCAGUUUGUUUGGGACCGGGCAGCUCCUUCAAAGCAGCGGCGGAAAGCUAUCACGAUGCGGAUUUAGCUAGCUAGCUAGCAAGCAAACGACAAUUGCUUAUGAGUUAUUCGACUGUACCGCAGCGAUCAGCCGAUAUAAUCCUUUACAUCGGAAUAAGAAACGGACACAGUCUUAGACUUUAUUGCACCUGAAUAGAUUAGUCAAAGUGCGAUUAUAAUGGAGGAGAAGAAGGGUGAGGGCGAAGCGGAGAUUCAAGAACACGGCCCUGAACAUUGGUUCUCGAAAUGGGAGCGGCAGUGCUUGGCCGAGGCCGAACAGAACCAGCCGAGCGAGGAGGACACGGAGCAGAGCCCGCAAAAACUCUGGCAUCUUUUCCAAAAUUCCGCCACCGCGGUGGCACAACUAUACAAAGACCGUGUGUGCCAACAACAGCAAGGUCUGUCGCUUUGGGUUCCGUUCCAGAAUGCCGCCACCGCCGUUACCAACCUGUACAAAGAGAGUGUUGAGGUUCACCAGCGUAGCUACGACCUGGGCAUCCAGGUGGGCUACCAGCGCAGGAACAAGGAAGUUCUGUCCUGGUUGAAGAAGAGAAGAAGAAACAUCAGGCGGGAGGACCUCAUCAGCUUCCUGUGUGGCAAGGCCCCGCCCCCUCGCAAUCCCAGGGCCCCGCCCAAGCUGGCCGUCAUGUCUCCAAGCCGACCGUCGUCGACAGAGACGGUGUCGUCGGUGGAGACAGACCUGCAGCCGUUCAGAGAGGCCAUAGCCCUGCAUGGCCUGAGUGGGGCGAUGGCGAGCAUCUCUGUCCGCGCAUCUCUGUCCGCUCCGGGGCCCGGCUCGCCCACCCACCUCCGCGACAGCUCCGCCCCCCCCGCCGGCCGCCGCAGGAACGGUCUCCAUGACGUCGACCUCAACACCUUCAUCUCCGAGGAGAUGGCGCUGCACCUGGACACUGUCGCCGCGGCCAAUCGCAAGAGGGGAUCCGCCCAGUGCAGUGAUGUCAUCACAGACUCGCCGACUCACAAACGCAACCGGAUGCUUUGAGCCCCGCCCCUUUUUGACCUUUGCCCCCAAACCCCCUUCCCACCCCUCACCUCUGCUCGUCAGCAGCCCAUGGAUGACUAGAUGACGACUGGCCAAUCCUGGUCCUGAUGCUUCAAAUAAAGAAAAACUAAAAUAUAUAAAUAGCCACACCAUCCUCCCCCACCCGGCCAAUCACAGAGCAGGCUCCGCCCCUAAGACUAUGGUCUCUCCAGUGAUGACAUCCUGAUGUGGGACUCCUCUCCUCCCACGGUCCCCUCCCCUCUGUCCAGGAUCUCUCCAGUGUAGCUGAGAUCUGCAGCACAACGACACCUGGAACCACUGAGGGAACAUCCUGGGGGCGGGGUUAAGGGGG